GAGGCAUGAUGACGAAUUUCCAGAUGACGAUGAGAUUCAGGACUGGGAUGCGGAUGAGUUCCAAGACGAAUGUGGAUCGUUGAAAACAGUGAAUCCUGUCCCAGAGAAUGCUUGCCCAAUCUGCAGACUUGACUUACUGACUUUAGAUACUAUGGUUCGUCAAUGGGUCGCCAAUAUACCCCAGAUGCACAUGUAAACCGUUGCCUUGACGAAUCGGUAACUAAUCCACCACUAGCCGAGUCUUCUGUUGCUACACAGCCAACAAGUAGUCAGAUAUUGUCAAGAAACCCAUUGACAGCUAUAAUCGGGACCAUUCGCAACGCAAUAACCAAUGCAUCUACACGCACCGGAAAUGUUACUCAGGUCGCAACAUCUAUUCAGAAAGUUAAUAAAAAAGGCUCGUCGAAAUAUAAGAAGCGACCUCCGAAAUCAUGUCCAUUCUACAAGAAGAUGCCUGAUACAAGUUUUACGGUGGACGCGUUUUGCUAUGGAGCAAUUGAUGGAUGUGAUGCUUACUUUCUGUCUCAUUUUCACUCGGAUCACUAUGGUGGAUUAACAUCGGCAUGGAACCAUGGAAACAUCUACUGUUCAAGCAUCACCGCCAACCUCGUCAUUCGGCGACUUGGAGUGGAUCCACAAUUCGUCAGGAGAUUGCCCAUGUAUGAACCUACCGUCGUAAAUGGCAUAACUGUUCGUCUCAUGGACGCCAAUCAUUGCCCAGGAUCAGUUCUGUUUGUAUUUGAUCUUCAGAAUCCUCGAAGGCGAUAUCUCCAUACAGGUGAUUUCCGCGCGAUUCCUGAUAUGUGUGUGGACCCUAUUCUUCGUCAACCACCGAAUGUACCGAUCGAUAUUCUGUACCUGGACACAACCUACAGUAACCCGCGGUACACGUUUCCAUCUCAAGACUUGGUAAUUAGAGAGACGACGAAGCUUAUCUGUAAGGAACUAGGAAUCGAUCACCAUCACCCUGCCAUGAAGGCGUCUGUCAUCCAAGUGACCAAGAAAAAAGUCAACGUCAUGGAGAGUUGGCUUAAGAAAGAAUCUGGAAACAAUGCAAAAUUGCUCUCCAUGUCGGUCAAGGCGUCUCAAAGCAUCAAAGCGAAGCAGAAAUGGCAGGAGCCCGCUGAAAAAGACAGAGUUGUUAUCUGUGUUGGAACAUAUUUGAUAGGGAAAGAGCGUGUCUUCAAAGCCAUUGCGAAAGCAAUCCGGAGCAAAGUCUUUGUGCAGCCCUCAAAACUCCAGAUACUCUCUUGCUUAGAGGAUAAAGAGUUAAUGGAUAUGCUAACUAGCAACCGAUUGGAGGCACAGAUCCAUUUGCUACAUAUGGGUUCCGAUAUGUCGCCAGAAGCCCUUCAGGACUAUCUUUGUUCACUGGCGCCGACGUUCACACGUCUAAUUGCAAUUCGACCGACGGGCUGGACAUUUACAGGGGGCUCGAAGAAGUAUACAGCUGCAGACAAUGGUUCAAUAGACCAAAUGAGGACUCCAACGCCUAGUUCAGUUGAACUAAAACCAAGUUACACGUCGUCAACGAUCAAGAUAUACCCUAUUCCGUACUCGGAGCAUUCCAGUUUUAAUGAGCUUGCAGGAUUUGUCAGAUCGCUAAACAUCGUUAAAAUUAUCCCUACUGUCGGUGUUGGUAGCGAGACAGGUCGACAUGCCAUGAAUGAAUGGUUCCGGAGGUGGCAGGAAGAAAGGCGACGAGGAAUUGGUUGGGAUUGAGUGGAAACUUUGUAGACUAGUAAUUAAUACCUAAUUUAUUAAUUUGGUGGCUGUGAGCUUUUUGA